AUGGAUCAGGGAAAUUACACAAGAGUGAAAGAAUUUAUUUUCCUGGGAAUUACCCAGCCUCAAGAGCUGAGCUCGGUCUUAUUUGUCUUCCUGUUUUUGGUGUAUGUGACAACUCUGAUGGGAAACCUCCUCAUCAUGGUUACAGUUACCUGGGAAUCUCACCUUCACACUCCCAUGUACUUCCUGCUCCGCAAUCUAUCUGUUCUUGACAUCUGCUUUUCCUCCAUCACAGCUCCUAAGAUCCUAGCUGAUCUUCUAUCAGAGAGAAAAACCAUCUGCUUCAAUGGCUGCAUCACUCAAAUGUUCUUCUUCCACCUUCUUGGAGGAGCAGAUGCUUUUUCUCUCUCUGUGAUGGCAUUUGAUCGCUACAUAGCCAUCUCAAAACUCCUCCAUUAUACGACCAUCAUGAUUACGGGACUAUGUACUAGCCUGGUUGUGGCCUCCUGGAUGGGGGGCUUUGUCCACUCCAUCGUGCAAAUUUCUCUAUUGCUGUGCCUCCCCUUCUGUGGACCCAAUGUUCUUGAGACUUUCUACUGCGAUGUCCCCUGGGUGCUCAAACUCGCCUGCACUGACACCUUCACUCUGGAGCUCCUGAUUAUUUCCAAUAAUGAAUUAAUCAGUUGGUUUAUAUUCAUCUUUCUCCUCGUAUCUUACACAGUCAUCUUGAUGAUGAUAAGAUCUCAUACUGGAGAGGGCAGAAGGAAAGCCAUUUCCACCUGCACCUCACACAUCACUGUGGUCACCCUGCACUUCAUGCCCUGCAUCUAUGUCUAUGCCCGGCCCUUCACUGCGCUCCCCACAGAUACCGCCAUUUCUGUCACCUUCACUGUCAUCUCUCCUUUGCUCAUUCCUCUGAUCUAUACCCUGAGAAAUCAGGAAAUGAAAUCAGCCAUGAGGAAACUAAAGAAACGACUAGGGCUUUCCGAAAGGAUUGAAAUUCUAUGA